AGGAGACGAGGCCGUGGCGCAGACGGGGGCUAUAUAAAGGGGCCGUGCUGCCCCGCUCCCCGGGCUGGGCGGAGCUGGUGGAGCCGGAGCGCUGUGGGGUGCCCCUCUCCGUGGCCAUGGACCCAUCUUACCUUUUUUUUUCCCCCCGCCCCUUCCCACAGGCGGGACCCGUCCCCCGCCGUCCCCGGCUCCUCGCCGCCCCGCGACCACCUCCUCUGGUCCAUCUUCAACACCAUCUACAUGAACCUCUGCUGCCUCGGCUUCGUGGCGCUCGCCUUCUCUGUCAAGGUACGGGUGCUGGGCGGGAUGGAGGCCCCAAGCGGGGAUGGGAGAGAGGACGUUUGGGGUCUCCUGGGAGCCCUCCCCGUGCUGAUGCCAUGGGAUGGACUUCCCGAGGAGAUGUGGAGCAUCGGAAAGGGAGGAACUAUCCGGAGGAGGCACGAGCCCAAUGCCUUCAAGAGGCUGGCUGCAGGUGACACCAUCUCCCAGCAAAGCCCCCACGCUUUUCCUGCCGCCGAUUAA